AUGGAUCUCUACCCAAAUCCUAUCGAGAAAAAAUCGACAGGUGGAGCUGGUAGUGUGUUUGGCGCAGACAGGAGGCUGAAAGCUCGAUUUCGAAAACAUGGCAGCGCACUGCAAGAAUACUCGGCAGAAAAACAGCCUUUACUGCUCACAGUGGGCAAAGGAAAAAUUGCUAAACAUUACCGGGGUGUGAAGGAGGGCACAUUAAAUGACAGCAAAUAUUUCAUCUUCACUCAUAGGAGUGAUGGAGGCUUUGAUGCCUAUCCGGUGUCUGAUUGGUAUACAGUGAAACAAGGGAUCAAGACUAAGCGCUUAAAUGACGAGGGGGGAGAAGGGGAGUUUUCUAACGGAGAUAAAGUCUGUGGCAAGUUUAAAAUAAUACAAAAUGCCAAACCAGCAACACGGAGUUACCCUGUGGGUAUCGAGGAGAAAUUAGUUGUUUCAGAAUUUGACGAGUGGAAGGUCUACGAUCGAAGCGAUGGUGAAGUGGGAUCAGGAGACGAAGAAUCUGAUUUUAAACAAAUAAUAGCUCAGAAAAGGAUGGAAGAAAAACGACGACGUAGAACCAAUAAACGCAGAGGUAGACCUGCUGUAACUCGUCGAAAACACAAGAAUAAUUUUACCGUUGGUUCAGAUGACGAAGAUGGAGGGCCCUUCGAUAUGAACGGAGAAGAAAGUGAUAUAGAUGAUUAUGACGAGUAUGAACUAGACUAUUUAACAGAUUCCACUUCAGAUGAGGAAAACCUCCCAGAAGAUGAGAGAGAAAAGAGUUACGAAAUACAGGGUGUUGAUCAAGAGGUGGGAUUCAUUAGCGGUGAGGAGGAGGAUGAUGAUGAGGAGGAGAAGGAGAUCAGAGAAAAUGAAAAGAAAGAAAACCGGUUAGACGCACAAUCUCAACAACAAAAACAAUGGUUUAGUGGUGAGGUAUUCCUUGACGAGAUGGAGAAAGCAUCUUCUUCUUCUUCUUCAAGUGGCUCUUCUGAUACUAGAGAAGAUUUUAAUGCAGAAUCUCAAAAGAAGUGUUCAAAGUCUUCAGGACCUUCAGAAAAAUUUGCACCUCCUCCAAAACGCUUCAAAACAAGUGAAAUUCCUCCUCCACCUCCUUCUAAUCCGCCAGUUAAAUCCUCACAUGAAAAGUUAUUUGACACCAUUCGAAAUUACCUCCUGCGUAGGCCAAUCACAAUGCAAGAACUUUUGAGGAAAUUGGGAGCAAAAGGGCUACUCAGUUCGGAUAACACUCGGAAUACUUCCAUCGUGGCAAAAAUUUUACAUGAAUUGAAACCGUUGCAGCAUUGCUUCCAGGGAAAACAACAAUUUUAUCUCAGGCAUUAA